AAGCUGACAUUUCUUGAAGUUCUCAAAUUCCCAUCAUUUCCCACUUUCAGGGCCUCUCUUCCUCUUUUACAGAAGAGGUCGAGAAGUUAGAGGGAGGAGGCCAAUGGAUUUUGAAAUCAACAGUUGGAUUGGGGAAAGGCUCCCCAGGCUUUUUGGUGGAGUCAUGCUAACUGCAGCCUUGCUCGGGGUAUCUACUAGCUAUUUAACAGGGAUCAGUCUUCCUACUACUCUGCCCCACCUUUUACCCAAUCUAAGUAAAAAGAACCGUGGGAAGAAGCGUAUUCGUGUUUAUAUGGAUGGGUGUUUUGACCUGAUGCAUUAUGGCCAUGCAAAUGCCAUAAGACAAGCAAAAGCGUUAGGUGACGAGUUAGUAGUUGGAGUUGUUAGUGAUGAAGAAAUUGUAGCUAAUAAGGGUCCACCCGUUUUAUGCAUGGAAGAAAGAGUUGCCCUUGUUAGUGGGUUGAAGUGGGUGGAUGAAGUAAUUGCGAAUGCUCCUUAUGCAAUUACUGAAGAUUUUAUGAACCGUCUGUUUACUGAGCAUAAGAUAGACUACAUUAUACACGGUGAUGAUCCCUGUCUACUUCCAGAUGGAACUGAUGCUUAUGCCUUAGCAAAGCAAGCUGGUCGUUACAAGCAGAUUAAACGCACUGAAGGUGUCUCCAGCACAGAUAUUGUAGGAAGGAUUCUUUCAUCUGCUAAAAGUAUUUCUCAAGAUUGCUCCAAUUUGUCUCUCCCUGGCAAAGAUGAUAAUAUGAACCAUGUACAUGCUGAGGAAAAAAUCUCGAAGAUCGAUCACAUAUCUAGUUUUCUGCCCACAUCUAGACGGAUUGUGCAAUUUUCGAAUGGAAAGGGGCCUGGGCCAAAUGCUAGAGUUGUGUAUAUUGAUGGGGCAUUCGACCUUUUUCAUGCUGGCCAUGUUGAGAUCCUUAAAAGAGCUAGACAGUUUGGAGAUUUUCUUUUAGUUGGAGUUUACACUGACGAGACUAUCAGUGAACUUCGUGGACAUCAGUAUCCAUUGAUGAAUCUGCAUGAACGCAGUCUUAGUGUACUUGCCUGCCGCUAUGUUGAUGAGGUCAUUAUUGGUGCCCCUUGGGAAGUGACCCAAGAUAUGGUAACAACGUUCAAUAUUUCUGUGGUUGUACAUGGGACAGUUUCUGAAAGAAAUUCUUGUACAGGAGAAAAACAUGAUCCCUAUGCAGUUCCUAAAAGCAUGGGGAUCUUCCGAGCAAUUGAGAGCCCUAAAGAUAUUACAACCACUUCAGUUGCUCAAAGGAUCAUUGCUAACCACGAGAUAUAUGUGAAAAGGAACAACAGAAAAGAAGCAAGCGAGAAAAAAUACUAUGCAGAGAAGCAGUAUGUUUCAGGCGAUUAAGUAUUAUAUUACAGUCUCCAUUAUGGCCUCUUGUAGCCUAUGUUACUCGGACUCUUCAAAAAUGGACACGG